GGAGAAGAGCACAAGGCGGGAAACGACCACGGCGUGAAGCGGAUUCGGGGACGCAACGCGCGCGGGGGCGGGGCCAGGGCCGCGGGGGCGGGACUGCGGUUGCGGUCCUAUGCCCGCAGCGGUGGCGGCGGCAGCGGCGGAGGCGCAGGCGGUGGCGAGUAGGAGUGUGGCAAGCCACUGUGUCACCCAAUUUGAAUCCUGGCUUCCCUCAAAGACUCUUACGGCUUUUGUUUGAUAACUCUCUGGUGUAGCCAGCACUACAUAUAACCCUCGAGCUUUUGGAUAAUGUGACAGUUGGGAUGCAGUGAUGUCGACUCUCUGUCCACCACCUUCUCCAGCUGUUGCCAAGACAGAGAUUGCUUUAAGUGGUGAAUCCCCUUUAUUAGCAGCAACCUUUGCUUACUGGGACAAUAUUCUUGGUCCUAGAGUAAGGCACAUUUGGGCUCCAAAGACAGAACAGUUACUUCUAAGCGACGGAGAAAUAACUUUUCUUGCCAACCAUACCCUCAAUGGAGAAAUCCUUCGAAAUGCAGAGAGUGGGGCGAUAGACGUAAAGUUUUUCGUCUUGUCUGAAAAAGGAGUAAUUAUUGUUUCAUUAAUCUUCGAUGGAAACUGGAAUGGGGAUAGGAGCACCUAUGGACUAUCAAUUAUACUUCCCCAGACGGAACUGAGUUUCUAUCUCCCACUUCACAGAGUGUGUGUGGAUAGAUUAACGCACAUUAUCCGGAAGGGAAGGAUAUGGAUGCACAAGGAAAGGCAAGAAAAUGUCCAGAAGAUCAUCUUGGAAGGCACAGAGAGAAUGGAAGAUCAGGGUCAGAGUAUUAUUCCAAUGCUUACUGGGGAAGUAAUUCCUGUAAUGGAACUGCUUUCAUCUAUGAAAUCCCACAGUGUCCCUGAAGAAAUAGAUAUAGCUGAUACAGUUCUCAAUGAUGAUGAUAUUGGUGACAGUUGUCAUGAAGGCUUUCUUCUCAAUGCCAUCAGCUCCCACUUGCAGACGUGUGGCUGUUCUGUUGUAGUAGGUAGCAGUGCAGAGAAAGUAAAUAAGAUAGUAAGAACAUUAUGCCUUUUUCUGACUCCAGCAGAGAGAAAAUGCUCCAGAUUAUGUGAAGCAGAAUCAUCAUUUAAAUACGAGUCAGGGCUCUUUGUACAAGGCCUACUAAAGGAUUCCACUGGAAGCUUUGUGCUUCCCUUCCGGCAAGUCAUGUACGCGCCCUAUCCCACCACGCACAUAGAUGUGGAUGUCAACACCGUCAAGCAGAUGCCACCCUGUCACGAACAUAUUUAUAAUCAGCGUAGAUACAUGAGAUCAGAGCUGGCAGCAUUCUGGAGAGCCACUUCAGAAGAAGACAUGGCUCAGGAUACCAUCAUCUACACGGACGAAAGCUUCACUCCUGAUUUGAAUAUUUUUCAAGAUGUCUUACACAGAGACACUCUAGUAAAAGCCUUCCUGGAUCAGGUCUUUCAUUUGAAACCCGGUCUCUCUCUCAGGAGUACUUUCCUUGCACAGUUUCUGCUCGUCCUUCACAGAAAAGCCUUGACACUAAUAAAAUAUAUAGAAGAUGAUACGCAGAAGGGGAAAAAGCCCUUUAAAUCGCUUCGGAACCUGAAGAUAGACCUUGAUUUAACAGCAGAGGGCGAUCUUAACAUAAUAAUGGCUCUAGCUGAGAAAAUUAAACCAGGCCUCCAUUCCUUUAUCUUUGGAAGACCUUUCUAUACUAGUGUCCAAGAACGAGAUGUUCUAAUGACUUUUUAAAUGUGUAACUUGUUAAUGUUGCGUCACGAUCAUAAUUGCUGGUAAAGUAGCUCCGUGGUAUUGGGGAAACAUGAUUCCCUCGGGUUGUGGCCUAGAGUCCUACUCAGCAAUGGUAGUUAGUGACACUGCAGUUGUCACAGAAAGCCUGUAAGGGGAUGUUAGGUGCAGUUACAAUAAAUGCACCUUUUCCUGGAUGUGCUCUCUUGGGAGACAGACGUAUGUUUACAAUUAUAAUAAAUAUUAUUGGUAUCUUUUAAAGAUAUAGGAUAUAAACUUGACCACAACUACUGUUUUUUUGAAACUUAUGAUUCAUGGUUUACAAGUAUCCAAGUGAAAUCUGAGUUAGCUUUCACAGAUAUAAUACUAGUUGACUUUCCAUCUCUUGGUGUUCCUCGGUAUGUGGGAUUACUGUAAUACUUUUACAAUCAGCUAAAAAUUAGAGCAUUUAAAUCGUUUCAGUUCCACAAAAGGAAGUUAGCUUGAACAUAGGUUAAGUUUUAGAAAGAAAAUAUUGAUCAAGCAGAUGUUUUAUUGAAAUCAAUUGUUCGAUCCUACUUUGCAGACUUAGUCCUUGGGAUUCAGUCUGUGUAGAAACGUCAGGCAGUAUGUAUAGUCCCGAUUAUGGUGAACCACAAUCAGGGCGUUUUUCUGUUUGUUUGUUGAGCUCUGUCACAGAAAAUGUAGAGAAUUGGAUUUUAUGUUUCAGUGGUUAUUGCCAACUUUUUUCAGUUAAUUUUCAUUAUUUUUGAGCCAAAUUGAAAUGUAUACCUCCUAUGCCUUUUUUUUUUUCUUGGAAAAUAUAAUCUCUUGGAAGAAGUUCAGAUUUCACUAGUCACUCAUUUUUUAUCUUGUUUUCCUCUUGUAUAGUCUUCCUCUGAUUCAGCAAUCAUUAUAACUCCGAGAUUAUUAAAUGCAAUAGAGAAAUACUAACUAGUAAGAUUUUUUUUCAGGAACAAGAAUAGUAUCUUCUUCCUUAAAUGUCUGCCCGUGUUUUUGAAGUUGUUGCCACGUCUCUUUGCCUGCAUGUAGGAGGACUAGCAGGAGAAACGUUACUGACGUGCUGUUUUACUAGGUGCUACUUUGGCAGAACUAAGUGGUCAAUUUCUUUUGUUUCCUUCAUGUGUUUGGACCAUUUUGCUAGCUAUAAAAUAACCAAUUAACAUAAUUCUGUGCUAGAACAGUAUUGACAAAAUAGUAUACACAAGCAUAAAAUAUAUUUUUAUUUAAAACUGUGGAAGUAACAUAAAAGGGAAAAAGUAUUUAUAAGAAAGGGAUAAAAGUGAUAGAGCCCCUCCGCCCUCACCCACCAAAUUUAACCAAAACCAACAUAGGUCCUAAUAGCCUUUCACAUCACUAAUAAGAAAGGUGUAGACAUCUCGAUUUUUAGACACAUACUCAACUAGAUUGACAGAUGCUCUGGCUCAGUCAUGAAAAAAUGUACAGAUUCCACCUUGUUGAACCCCGUAUUCAGUGCUAUUUACAUGAUAGAUUAUUUAAGUGCUAAUUAUUUUCUUUUGCUGAUUUAUUGUACCAUUGUAUGGGAUGCAAGUUGUACAGUGAAAUAAGUUAUUAAAGCAUGUGUGCACAUUGUUAUAUAUCUUUUCUCCUAGAUGGAGAAUUUUGAAUAAAAUAUCUUUGAAAUUUUGUGUCUUUCAGUUAUUU